AUGUUGAUUUUAAACUUUACCAGGCGAGGGUUCCUUUUGGGCCUCGUGGCCAUCAUACUCCCAGUUGGAACUUCUCAGAGCUCCUCUUGCCGAUGUUUCCCGGGCGAUGACUGCUGGCCAUCGACAUCUACCUGGGAUGCUUUCAAUCAGUCAGUCGAUGGUCGACUGAUGGCUACUGUGCCUAUGGGCACUCCAUGCCAUGCCCCGAACUAUAGCGAGGACAAAUGCAAAGCCAUCCAAGAUGAAUGGCUUCUCCCAGAUGGACACUAUAAAACCUCAAGCUCGAUAAUGGCGCCCCUUUUCGGGAGCUGCGAUCCCUUCUAUCCUAGUUCCGAGCCUUGCACCAUCGGGAAUCUUGUGCAGUUUGCGGUCAAUGUGUCCAAGCUGGAACAUGUUACCGAGACACUGAAGUUUGCGAAGCAGCACAACAUCCGGUUCAUUGUUCGUAAUACCGGGCAUGAUUACCUAGGAAAAUCUACCGGCGCGGGCGCUCUUGCUAUAUGGAUGCAUAAUCUCAAGGAUAUUGAGUUUGAGGACUGGGAAGAUACACAUUACAAGGGAAAGGCCGCUAAGCUUGGAGCUGGUGUUCAGGGCAUGGAGGCCUACCAAGCUGCUCAUAAAGAAGGACUCAGGGUAGUCGGAGGCGAGUGCCCUAGCGUUGGUCUGGCCGGGGGAUACAGCCAAGGUGGCGGUCAUUCUGCCCUAUCUUCAAAGUAUGGCUUGGGCGCGGAUCAAGUCCUUGAGUGGGAAGUUAUCGACGGCACUGGAAGAUUUCUAGUUGCCAACCGUGAACAGAAUACCGAUCUCUACUGGGCACUCGCCGGUGGAGGAGGCGGAACUUAUGGUAUUGUCUGGUCGAUGACUUCGAAGGUAUAUCCAGAUGGCAUUGUCUCUGGCUUGAACCUUACGUUCUCGGCUACCAAUAUCUCUAUGGAUACGUUUUUCAAGGCUGUAGAGCUAUACAAUACUCACCUUCCCUCGAUAGUGGACGAGGGUGUUAUGAGCCUCAAUUUUUUGACCAACACUUCUUUUACUAUCGGUCCAAUGACUGCACCAGACAUGCCCCUUGAGAAGCUUGAGACUCUAUUCCAACCGAUUCGCGAUGGACUCGAUAAGCUUGGGAUCAAGUACAAGUACCAGUCAGAGGAGUUUGAUUCCUCUCUGGCUCAGUUCCAAGCCCAGAUGCCGCUAGUUGAGGUCGCGAUUGCUCAGUACGGCGGCUGGCUUAUUCCCAGGUCGUUGAUCCACGAGAAUAACCAUGGCCUAACGGAAUCAAUUCGAAGUGUUGUGGGUAAUGGCGGGGUCUUCACUACUGUGGCUAUCAACGUCUCCAAAAAGGUGAGCGGGGAUGUCUUUAACGCUGUCCUCCCUGCCUGGUGCGAGGCUAUUGCACAUGUCGUCUUGAGUACCGCCUGGGAAUGGAAUGAUUCGAAGCAUACUCAUGCAGCCCAGGAGAAGAUGACCAAUGACUUUGUGCCAAGUCUAAUGAAAUUGGCCCCCAACUCGGGAGCGUACCUUAACGAGGCCGACUUCCGCCAGCCUGACUUCAAGGCUGCGUUCUAUGGCACAAACUACAAGGCUCUACGUGAAGUCAAAGCUAAGUACGACCCUCACGAUAUCUUCUACGGCCUUACUGCUGUUGGCUCGGAUGAGUGGACAGUCUCGUCUAGUGGGCGUAUGUGUCAAGUGGUUUCUCACGACGAACUUUAA